UGCUUGUGAUGGCUCCUAACUCUCUCUCUUGCAUUCUGUAGGCACUGGGGAGAGUGGAAAAAGUACGUUCAUUAAGCAAAUGCGUAUAAUUCAUGGCUCAGGCUACUCUGAAGAGGACAAAAAAGGCUUCACCAAGCUGGUAUACCAAAACAUCUUCACUGCCAUGCAGUCUAUGAUCAGGGCCAUGGAAACCCUAAAGAUUCUGUACAAAUAUGAACAGAACAAGGCCAAUGCAGUGCUGAUCCGGGAAGUGGAUGUAGAAAAGGUCAUGACAUUUGAGCAGCCAUAUGUAAGUGCAAUUAAAACAUUGUGGAACGACCCUGGAAUACAGGAGUGUUAUGACAGGAGAAGAGAAUAUCAGCUUUCCGACUCAGCUAAAUACUAUCUUAGCGACGUGGAUCGUAUCGCUACCCCAGGAUAUCUACCAACUCAGCAAGAUGUGCUACGGGUUAGAGUUCCUACAACCGGUAUCAUAGAGUACCCCUUUGACCUAGAGAAUAUUAUCUUCAGAAUGGUCGAUGUUGGAGGUCAAAGAUCAGAACGAAGGAAGUGGAUCCAUUGCUUUGAAAAUGUGACUUCCAUCAUGUUUUUAGUAGCACUUAGUGAAUAUGACCAAGUUCUGGUGGAAUCUGAUAAUGAGAACCGGAUGGAAGAGAGUAAAGCUCUCUUUCGAACCAUUAUCACUUAUCCAUGGUUCCAAAACUCUUCUGUUAUCCUCUUUCUCAACAAGAAAGAUCUGUUGGAAGACAAGAUCCUAUAUUCCCACCUUGUUGACUAUUUCCCAGAGUUUGAUGGCCCACAGAGGGAUGCGCAGGCAGCCCGUGAGUUCAUUCUCAAGAUGUUUGUGGAUUUAAAUCCCGACAGCGAUAAAAUCAUCUAUUCUCACUUCACAUGUGCCACAGACACAGAAAACAUCCGUUUCGUCUUUGCGGCUGUCAAGGACACCAUCCUACAGCUCAACCUGAAGGAGUACAACCUGGUUUGACCUGCUCUGCUCUUGGCCCCUUGAGAGGCUUCAUUGUGAAGAAAAGACAAAAAAAGAAAUUUUAAAUAUGACAGGAAAAAAGUUUUCAUUUUUGAUGAUGUAAUGAUUGCAAAUUGUCUGAUCUGUGGAGUGGCAAGUGCUCAGUGUUAUCCUGGAGUCUCAUGUCUCUGUCCACAGAGUAGUUGAUUUCAUAUUUUUAACAAAUUGCUUUUAUUUCACAGUUAACGGGGAUAUGCCUCAUUUCUCAGCACCUUGCUUACUACUUAGUUUUUGCCAAACCGCUAAGGCAGUCUCAUCUUCAGCUUUCCUUUGUUGCUUAGCCACUUUUUUUUUUCCCUUUUCAUUCCCAUGGUAUAUAUAGAAAAAAAAAAACCCACUUUCCAGCUGAGAUUGUGAAUUCACUGGACUGUGGGAGUGCAGAAUGCUACUGGUCCCUUUGCCUUGUGGUAUAGGGUGCCUCUGGUGUAAUUUGCUAGUCCUGCUUGCUUUGCCCCGCCCCCCCUUUCCCUUCCCCGGGACACGCUCCAUGGUUCACUGUGAUGAAACGUUGGGGAGGAGCGAUUGCUCUCCAACUGUUGUGCAAAAAAAGAAAAAGGCAAAACAAACAAAAAAAAAA